CCGGUUGAAUGACGUCACCUCUGCCCCUCCCACUCCUGGCGAGUGACGUCAUCGCGCGUGACUCCUCCCACCAGUGGCAUCGUGGUGGUGGUGCUGCUGAGUGUAAAAUCGUCUCAAGGCGCACCGUGAGCAAUGGGAGACGGAGUGGUGGGGAUGAAGAGGAAGCAGGGACAGGAUGGUCCUGGGAAUGAUUCUGCGCACGCGAAGAAAUCUCGCGUGCUCCCGGGAGACAAAGGUGGAGGAGGUGGAAGAGGAGGUGGAAGAGGAGGUGGAAGAGGAGGUGGAAGAGGAGGUGGAAGAGGAGGUGGAAGAGGAGGUGGAAGAGGAGGAGCCAGUCAGAGAAUCGGCAGAGCGGCCAAAACACCGCCGCCGGCUGCCUUUCAGAAGAGCGACACGGGUCCCUUUAAGAAGAGCGGCGCGGGUCCCUUUAAGAAGGACGGCACGGGUCCCUUUAAGAAGGACGGCACGGGUCCCUUUAAGAAGGACGGCACGGGUCCCUUUAAGAAGGACGGCACGGGUCCCUUUAAGAAGGACGGCGCGGGUCCCUUUAACAAGAGCGGCACGGGUCCCUUUAAGACGAGCGGCGCGGGUCCCUUUCAGAAGAACGGCACGGGUCCCUUUAAGAAGGAUCGCACGGGUCCCUUUAAGAAGGACGGCACGGGUUCCUUUAAGAAGGACGGCGCGGGUCCCUUUAACAAGAGCGGCACGGGUCCCUUUAAGAAGAGCGGCACAGGUGCCUUUAAGAAGAGCGGCACGGGUCCCUUUAAGAAGAAUGGCACGGGUCCCUUUAAGAAGAAUGGCACGGGUGCCUUUAAGAAGAAUGGCACAGGUGCCUUUAAGAAGAACGGGCGGCCAACCAGCGGAGCAGCUGAUGGUGAGGCUGUUGGUGAGGGUGUUGGUGAGGCUGUUGGUGAGGGUGUUGGUGAGGCUGGCCCCGACCGUGUGGGUGAGCGGAUGGCCCAGCGGGUGAGGAGAGCGGAGCGGAAACGCCUCGAACGUGGUGGCUUUGACGUGGUGACACAGGGCAAGCGUCUGUGGGAAAGUGUGCGCAGGAAGGACUGCUCAAAGCAGAAGCGCCUUGAGCUGAUGUCCGAACUUGAGCAGCUGCUCCGUGGACACAUCAAGACGAUCGCCUUCAGCCACGACUCCACGCGUGUGCUGCAGUGUUUCAUCAAGUUCGCCAGCAUAGAGCAACGACAACUAGUGUUGUCAGAACUACAGCCACAUAUCCUGGAGCUCACAAAGUCAAAGUACGGCAAAAAUAUUAUCAAGAAGCUCCUCCUGUACGGCGACAAGCCCACGGUGAGCUCCGUGCUGUCGGCUCUUCGUGGCUCUGUCCGCCGUCUGGCUCGCCACGCGGACGGAGCCGCGGUGCUGGAGUUCGCCUACUCAGAGAGAGCCGUCCUGUCGCAGAGACGGGACAUCCUGACGGAGCUCUACGGGAGGACUUUCAUGCUCACUCGGGUGAGACACAGAGACACAGACACAGAGACUCACACUCAGAGAGAGCCGUCCUGUCGCAGAGACGGGACAUCCUGACGGAGCUGUACGGGAGGACUUUCACGCUCACUCGGGUGAGACACAGAGAGAGAGAGACACACAGAGAGACACACACAGAGAGAGAGAGACACACACAGAGACUCACACUCAGAGAGAGCCGUCCUGUCGCAGAGACGGGACAUCCUGACGGAGCUGUACGGGAGGACUUUCACUCUCACUCGGGUGAGACACAGAGAGAGAGAGACACACACAGAGACACACACAGAGAGAGAGACACAGAGAGAGAGAGAGACACAGAGAGAGAGAGAGACACACAGAGACUCACACUCAGAGAGAGCCGUCCUGUCGCAGAGACGGGACAUCCUGACGGAGCUGUACGGGAGGACUUUCACUCUCACUCGGGUGAGACACAGAGACACUCAGAGACACACACAGAGAC